GGAUGGGUUUGCGCGCUCGCCGUUGAACUGGCAGCCGCCCAGGAAACGCUCGACGAGACGCAUGACACUCCCAACUACAAACCCCAUGACACAAAUAUAUACGCCUCUGGACGGGUUGGGGAACACAAUGUGGUUAUUGCUUCUUUUCCAGAAGGACAAAUGGGCACUGACUCAGAUACUGAAGCCGCAAUACAGAUGCAGUCGACGUUCCACAAUACGCGCUUCGGUCUGAUGGUAGGUAUUGGAGGCGGUGUUCCCAGCGAAGAAGCCGAUGUCAGACUUGGGGAUGUCGUGGUCAGUAAACCACAGAGGGGACACAGGGGAGUGGUACAAUACAACUUGGGAAAGGCUACAUCGGACGGUAUUCAUCAGACAGGAUCUCUGAACGCUCCACCCAGGGUCCUACUCACUGCUGCAACCGCUGUUCGCGCUGCGCACAUAAGAAAACAGAGCAGACCCCCAGAGCAUAUAGCCAAGCUUGAACAGAUCCCCAUGUUUCAACAGGACAGAGGGGGUCCCAACAUCCUGUUUGCCGCAGAUUACAGUCACAUACGUUGCUCAGCGUGCGUAAGCUGUGAUCUUUCAAAUCAGGAGUUGCGAGAGACACGCGAAAGUGGCAAGGAAGUGGCAGUGCAUUAUGGCACCACCGCCUCAGGUAAUCAAGUUAUUAGGGACGAUCACUCGAGUCAAGAGCUUGGAACAGUGUUGUGUUUUGAAAUAGAGGUAGUAGUGCUUAUGAAUAGAUUUCCGUGUCUUAUCAUCCACGGUAUUUUCGAUUAUGCCGAUUCGCACAAAAAUAAGCGGUGGUAGCUAUACGCAGGCGCAACGGCCGCAGGGUAUGCGAAAGAGUUGCUUUUGGUAAUAUCUGCAUCAAAUUUGGGUUCUGCGCGUACUGCAGAAGGGAUUAUGUCUGGCACCACUGGCUUGCGCCUAAAUUCUAACUCCCCAGCUGGUCAAGAUACGCCUAAUGAGCUUUCUAAGUGGAG